AUGGAAGAACUCACAUAUCGUGCUUCCUCCUCAUUAGUUGUCCCUCUUUCUCAUAAUGCCUUACCCACCCUCCAGCAACUCGUCCCCUUGAUCCUCCAAACCCGACCCGAGGACUGGGUUUACUCCAUCUUUUGGCGGCCCUCAAUAGACGAUCACGGUCGUCUUGUCCUCACCUGGGGUGACGGCCAUUUCCGAGGAACUACAAGAGAUCCAUUCCCAUCCAAGCCUACCACCAAAAGGGUGCUCAAAGAAGCCCAAUGUCCAGGUGGUAAAUUGACUCCGGGCAGCGACAUCGACGACCCUGAAUGGUACUACAUCUUCUCCGUCACGAGGUCGUAUUCCUCUGAGGAUGGCAUUCUAGGAAGAGCGUUUCGCUCAGGGGGUCACAUCUGGUUGAGCGGUGAAAACCGCCAUGAGCUGGAGAUGUAUGAGUGUGAUGAGAGGGUCAAAGAAGCAAGAAUGCACGGAAUCCAGAGCAUAGUGUGCAUAUCAGUCCCUAAUGGUUCUGGAGUUCUUGAAUUGGGCUCCUCAGAGAUCAUCAAAGAAGACAGGAGCUUGGUACAGUUAGCCAAGUCCCAAUUCCCUUCUCAUUUAAUGAACCUCCGAAUCAAUCCUCGUGGAGAGAACCCGUCCAACGAUGCCAAAGGCGAGCCGGCCCUCGUCGUUGCGAGCAAGCGUCCAUAUGCUAAAUCUGUGGGCGUGGUACAUCAUAACAUAUCUAAGGAGAGCUGUAGGAAGAAAAUAGUCGACGAAGACAUUAAGGAAUCCCCACCGUCGCCAUCGCUGUCUGGCCCGUUGAGCCACGUGGAGGCGGAGCGGCAGCGGAGGGAGAAAAUGAACCAGCGGUUGUACGCGCUCCGCUCCGUCGUCCCCAACGUAUCGAGAAUGGACAAGGCGUCCCUCCUCGCGGACGCCGUCGACUACAUCAAGGAACUCCAAUCCCGGAUCGCCGAGCUGGAUUCCAAGCUGGCCAAGUCCGAGCGGCCGUCUCCGAAGCGCCUCAAGACCGAGACGGACGUCGCCUCCUUCGGUGAUGCGGGUGUGACAACGUCAAGGUCGAGCAAGAACAGCUCAACGACAGCCGUGACUACGCCGGAUGUCCCGGGGCUGAGAGAGAUGGCGGUGGAGGUGAAGGUGUUGGGGCAGGAGGCGGUGGUCCGGGUGCGGAGCCCGAAUCUGGGGCACCCGUGCGCGAGGUUGAUGGACGUGCUCAAGGAAUUGGGGUCGGCGGUCCAACACGCGAGCAUGUCGGGCGUGGAGGGGAUGAUGAUUCAGGACGUGGUGAUUAGGACUCCGGUCGACUGCUGGGUCAGCGACGAGUCCAUUCGCGAUGCCAUUCGGGGUAAACUAGGCAAGGGCUGA